UACCAAAUUAUUUUCAUUAUUUACACCUCCAAUUUCUGUAUCCUUCUUUUUAUUGUUGCUCUUAUUUUGGUUUAUUCUAUUCCCUUUUUAUCCCGAAAACACCUAUAAAGAAGAAUGAAUAUGUAUAUAUAUGUUAAUCAUAUGAAUUUUCAUAUAUAAAUAUGUUAAUCUGUUAGUGUAUAUCCUUAUUGAACUAUAGCGUUCAACUUAUGCUAAAACUUUGUGGCCAGCCAAAAAUUAAAUGAUCACAUUAUAUUGUGCCUUAAUUCGUUUUUCGCUAAUACCUUCCCCGGAGGAAAAACAUGCCUGAAGUUUCCUUUAACACCAGAUGAAUCCUAGAGGUGAAUAAGCAAAUACAGCAACAUUCCCACAAACGGGAUCCGAAAGAUGGUGAAUAAAUAAAUAAAAAUGGAAGCAAAUUGUCAUGAGUUAAUGUAACUAGCAGAAGGUUUCAUACAAUUAUGUCAAAAGAUGGCUAACCACAUAUAUUUUGAUUAUAAUUUUGUAGCCAUGAACCGGUUACCUUAAACCUAGAAUGUCUCGAGUUAGCUUAACCUUUCUCCUGUGUUGUAACAGCUCCUUCAUUCCAACACUUGCUAUAUGAGUUAUUUCAAAAUUGAAGCUGGAAUCUUUACUUGGUACAAAUUCAAGGGAGAUUUUUGUAGGAGACACCUUUGAUCAUUUUCUUUUUUUUUGAGAAAGUGUAAACAAGGGCAGUAUUUAUUUUUUAUGAGGUUAUGUAUAAUUAUCAAGAGGAGAAAGGAAAUGGGGGAAACACGAUAUUACAUAGAUUUAAAAAAAAAUAAAACAUCCGAGACCGCUAAAUAGCUGAAAGGAAAUGAGAGUCACUUUUAAUUUGAGGAAAAGAAGAUGUUGCAACUCAUGCUCCAUCAAAGCUUGCCUAACUUUGCCUAUUGAAGAUUUUGGCUAGUAGCUCUUUGUAAGGUAAUUUUUUGAUUGACCCCUCUGGAGAAAGAGCAGAAGGAAAAUCAUAUUCAUAUGCUAUACAUUAGUUAACGAAGAACAUCAACUAAUUAAAAUGCAGAGUGUCCAAAUAUAAUAAUACUUCAUUUGAAGUCUAUUCAUGAGUAAACCAAUGUGGAGCUCUAUGUUUGAGGAUAACUGCUACCUGCUUGACCAAAUGUGCCUUUUUGGGUAUAUAUGGAGAUAUGGUGCUUCACUUCUGCUGAUUUCGUCGCGGCUUUUCUUGAGAUUUUUGGGUUUAUUGCCAAGCCACCUAAAAGACUAUCUGAGUGAGUGCUGGGAAUGACAUAUCAACUCUACUCUGAUCUGGCUUGUUCAGAGAUAACUCAAUUCAGCACGAACAAUGUGUCUUUUCACCUAUCAACCUUGGAUUCAGACAGAUUUUUGUGUUAUGUAACAAUGUGUCUUUUCACCUAUCAACUUUGGAUUCAGACAGAUUUUUGUGUUAUGUAGGCAGACACUUGAUGUGUCAUGGUUGAUAAUGAGUUGGUGGAUAAUUUUAGGAGUAAGGUUUAAUCAACUGUUAUUUUCAAAAUGGACUUUGAAACAACUGUUGUUUUCAAAAUGGACUUCGAAAAUGCUUGUGAGAGGAAUUAAAGAAAGCUUUUGGGAUAAGGUGACUGGUAGAAGAAGGGGUAAUCGAUGCAGAAUGAUUGCUAAUAUCUAUCUCAUGAUGACUAAUGGAAAGCCUAGUUCUAGAGUGAGAAGACUUCUCCAACUUCAUUCUGCUCCAGGAAUACAAAGAUACCUGGUAACGUUGUGUCAAUGCUUCAAGAAUGAUCAGCUGGCCAUGAUGCAGAAGUGCCAAAUAUUAAUUGAAUAUGCCAUGAUGAAUGUUAUUGCUAUGCAAAAGAUUCUUAAGAAAUAUGAUAAAGUUCAUUGCUCUGUGAAUGGAAGGAACUUUAAGUCAAAGAUGCGUGCUGAGCACCUUGAAAUUCUACAAUCACCAUGGUUGAUAAAACUAGGGGCUUUGUAUUUGAAUUUCAAUGAAUCGAAUGGUGGGACGUCUACUGAGAUUUUCAGCCAAUUUUCUUGCAAUCUCAGUGAUACAGGGUCAAUUAUGACUUUGAUAUUUCCAGAUUCUGUGAAAUUAGAGUAUGAUCUGACUUGUCCAAUCUGCUUGGAUACGGUCUUCAAUCCAUACGCUUUAGGCUGUGGACAUCCUUUCUGCAAAUCUUGUGCUUGCACUGCAGCUUCUGUGAUGAUUUUCCAAGGUAUUAAAGCUGCAAGUGAUGUGUCAAAAUGUCCAGUUUGCAGAGAGGUUGGAACUUAUGCUAAUGCAGUGAAUAUGAUGGAAUUAGAUUUGCUUCAGAAGAAGAGAUUUAAGCAGUAUUGGAAGGAAAGACAUGCUUCUGAAUGAGCUGAAAUGGUGAAGCAAUCAAGGCUAUACGGGGAUAACCAAACAAGAUAUGCUGUCGGUUAUUGAGGAUAUUGAGAUAAUAGCGUAUGUGCACGCGAUGGAAAGAUCUAUUUCCUAUGAGCUCCGAUUUUUUCAGAUUCAUCAGCGAAUUGUCAUUAGCUGUUUUUUUUGUUUAUUUAGAUCAUUGUUUCUUGACAUUAAUAGCUCCUGAUUAUUGGAGUUUGCCAAAGUUGCUCAAAGUCACCUUUGUGACGUGGUUUUUUCCUUGCAAAUUUCCUAGACUCGUUUAUCAGAUUUCAAGGUGGCAAUUUUGACUUGGAUUUUUGAUAUCUUAUAUCAGGGCCUCGAUAAAAUCCAUUUUGCUGUUUCUUAUAUGUUUUUGUCUAUAAUAAAUUCCUUUCUUCUUGUCGCAA